AUGAACGAGACGGGAGCACCCGUCCCAGUGACGGAAUGGCCCGACUACGGCACGAACCCGCAAGGAGGCGACCCUAUCACGCAGGACCUCAACGCGCCCUACGACAAGGGUGACCUCUGCUGGCUGCUCAUCACACCGGCCAUCGGAUUCCUGUACGCCGGCAUGCACCGGAGCAAGGCCGCCUUGACCAUGUUCUGGGUGUACGGCUACUCGCUCUACCAGUCGCGCACCGACGGGCCCUUCAUCGGCGACCUCUCGCUCGCGGGCCUGCACAACGUCCUGGCGGCGCCCUCGCUCGCCAACCCGGACGUGCCCGACAUACUGUACGCCUGCUUCGGCUUCACCUUUGUCACGGCGACGGCCGUGAUCCUCGCAGGCGGCUGUGGCCCAGCAUGCCUGGCCUUCUGGGAAUGGAACCCCAACAGCUGGUUGUUCAAGUUCGGCGUCAUGGACUUUGCCGGCUCGGGCCCCGUGCACAUCGCGUCGGGCUUCAGCGCGCUGGCCUGGUCCAUGAUGCUGGGCCCGCGGCUGACGGAGAACACGGCGGCGACGCGCAAGCGGGCCGUGGUGCACUUCAAGCCGCACAACCCGUUCCUGGUCGGGCUCGGCACCGUCUUCAUCUGGUUCGGGUGGUUCGCCUUCAACGGCGCGUCGACGGCCAACCUGUCGAUCCGGAGCGUCUACAUCGUCGUCAACACCAACCUGGCCGCCUGCGGCGGCGGCUUGGGCUGGUCGGCGCUGGAGUACCUGCACAGCCGCAAGUUCUCCAUCCUGGGCUUCUGCCCGGGCAUCAUCAGCGGCCUCCUCGGCAUCACGCCCGCCACGGGCUACGUGCCCGUGUAUGUGGCGGCGCUCGUGGGCGCGCUGACGUCGGUGUGCUGCUUCUACACCAACAAGUACAAGUACCUCCUGUCGGUGGACGAGGGGCUCGACAUCUUUGCCAUCCACGGCAUAGGCGGCUUCGUGGGCGACGUCCUGACGGGCGUGUUUGCCGCAAAGUUUGUGCCAGCCCUCGACGGCGUCACGGGCGGCGCGUCCAAGGGCGGCUGGUGGGACUGCGCGCUGCUCUUCGUCAUCAACAAGAUCCCCGGCCUGCACAUCCGCGCGGCCGAGGACGACGAGAUCCGGGGGCUGGACUACAAGUACCUGCACGACGUCGACGACCACUCGGGCUUCGACGGGCUGCACAUGUUGCACGAGGGCGUGCCCUUGUCGCGGAGCAGCGGCAGCCCCCGCCGGGAGUCGGCCGAGCCGGUGACCAAGCAGGUCAGCGCGGAGCCGAAGAGGGAUUGA